CUCUGGUUCUCUCUCUCUCUGUCUCUCUCUCUGUCUCUCUCUGGUUCUCUCUCUCUCUGUCUCUCUCUCUCUCUAGUUCUCUCUCUCUGUCUCUGUCUCUCUCUCUCUCAGUCCUGCUGCAUUAGCUGAACCUGCAGAGCUGAUGCUGAUUGGUUCUGGCUGGCUGAAGGUCUGACAUCACCAUCAUCGUCAUCAUACAGUCCAGAACCAGAACCUGUAGAACCAGAUCCAGUAGAACCAGUGGAGAUGUUCAGGUACACUGCUCCCUGGCAGGUUCUCUGUCACAGUCUGGACCAGAACACCAAGAGACUGUCUGCAGCCGUCCGACCGGAUCCUCUGAAUCCUCACAGUUCCCAAACAUCGGUUCAGAGUCUUCCUCCAUCUGAACCUCCACCUACCCCUGGCUCCAAAGGGCCCCCCACCACCCCCACAGCAGAUCCCCCUGCAGGGCCCCAAGCAGAGCCCCCUGCAGCCAUGGACAGCGUCCCGCGGCGCUGGGUGUUGAAGCCUCUCUCCCCGCUGCUGCAGCCCUCCGACCUGCGCUCCAUCGCCGGCCCGGCACCGAGCGACUCCACCGGCCCCGACGAUCUGGUUUUCACCUAUGACAACAUCUCCAUCGCACGAAGUUUCUCCUCCGUGGUCGUCUCCUCCCAGCAGGGCGCGGGUUCGGGUGACGUGGUGGUUCAGGCCCGGCAGGUCGCGGUGUUGCAGCAGGGAGGUGACGCCAGCGAGGAGUGGCGUCCCAGCAGCCCCAGCGAGUGGGGUCCCAGCAGCCCCAGCACUCCCAGCAGCAGCUCGGGCUCUCACUGCGGAUUCUACUCGUUCGUGGAGGAUCCGGUGAGUCCCGAGGCCGAGCUGAACGAAGCCUGGAUGGUGUCGCCGCAGCGACAGGCGCAGCUCGCCACCCUGAAGGAAGAUAAAGGAAUCAAACUACAGACCUACGCCAGCGGCAGGAAGCCGGAGAGUCUGUUCGCAGACAGCAACGGAGACUCGCAGUACCAAGUGGAUCCGAAGAACGGAACCGAAGCGAUUCGCGAAGUAGAAGAAAAGCAGCUUCGACAUGAGAUCAUUCGCAGCCAAGCCCCGAAGAAGAGCCUGACGUUGAAAUAUCAGUGGAGCGCGCUGGAGAGCCUGGAUCUGAGCAGAUCUCCCAAUAAACUUAUCCAAGGUUUCAGCGUAAGCUACAGUCCUGCUCGCUCCAGACCAGAACCCUCAGGCGCUGAUGAGCCCCGGACCGGGAACGAGCCCGGGACCGGGACCGUGGACCAGGAGCAGAUCAACUUCAGCGCAGCGAGACAACAGUUCCUUCAGAUGGAGCGGGACCGUCUGACGGCGCUGCCCGGCCCGCUGAGGUCCUCCAGAACACGUCUGAACACUCCGCUGUUGGAGUCGGAAAGGUCAUCAUCACAGGAAGUGGAGACGCUCCACAGCGUGAAGACUCUCAGCCAGCAGAGCAGUGUGUUUGAUGACCUGGACUCCGGCCUGGAGGAGCUGUCUGUGGAGGUUAGCGGCGGCGAUGACAGUGGUUUGUUCAAUGACGGCGCUCAGCAGGAGAACCGGAGCAGCUACGAGACCCCGAUAGAAAGGGAGAUCCGGUUAGUUCAGGAGCGUGAGGAGAACCUGCGACGCUCUCGAGGUUUGAAGCUCAGCGACAGCCGAGCGGAGAUGGUCGAGAUCAAAACCAAACGGUUGCAGUCGCCGCUGGCACCUGUCAUCAAAACCAAACACUUCCAGUCGCCACUGGCGCCAAUCAGGGCCAAAGAAAAGAGUCGGGUGAGCUUUAUCAUCCAGAAGGAGAUCCAGGGAGGAAUCCUGGGACCAUCAACUAACAAUGGACGACCCAGUCUGGAUCCUCAGCAGGAGCUGGAGGACAUCAAGAUGGAGUUAAACCAACCAGACGAGGACGAGAAGACAGAAGAAAGAUGCCAGUCUGAGUCUGGAGACCAAGUCUUCACGUUGCCGUGUUGUCCUCAUCGACACCCUGAAGAAAGCGAGUCGUGCCUCAGCUGGAUGAGUUCGGCUCCGUCUGACUUCUCCGAGAGGGACUCAGACGUCCAGGACGCUCCAGGUUUCAGCCUACACCAACCCACCAGAAUCCUUCUAAAGCAUCAAUCAUCUCCCUCCUCCCCCCCGACACCUCCCGGCUGGCGUGAUCUGCCGGCCGCCACGCCUCCACCAUCCUGGCGGGAGAACCUGGAGUCCACCGGGCUGACGUCUCGAGGAGCCGGCACUCCAGAUUUCAUAGAGAAGGAGAUCGAGGAGUCUCUGAGGCGAGAGCGGGAGCUGAAGGAGCUGAGGGAGAACAGGGAGGAAACAGACGCUCAGAUCUUCUCUCCCGCACCGCUCGUGGAACAGGCAACCAAGAUGGCCGUCGCUCAGUUCUACCCGUCUGCUAACACAGAUAAAACCGUCAGUGUUUCCUCUCAGUAUGCUCGUCCCUCCGCCCGUCUGCCCUCCAUCUCCUUCGUCACCGCUCAGCCCUUCUCCUCCCCUCCUCCCCCUCCCCUCCCGUGGACCUCGGCCCCCCCUCCCCUCAGAGGUCUGACGGAGACGCUGCUGCAGGACUUUGAGGAGAGACGAGUCAAAGAGAAGCUGGACGAGAGCGCAUAUGCAGGGAUUCAGCUGGUCGACGACGUGAAUAAUGAGGUCAUUGAGUCGACUCGAGUGACUCGACAUAAAAACAAGCGUGCUCUGCAGUGGGAGGCCGGAGAGUUCGCCAACCAGGCGGACCGCUGAGACCUGAUCCAGAUCCUGGUCCUGGCCUGGUCCUGAUCCUGGUCCAGAUCCUAAUCCUGAUCCUGAUCCUGAUCCUGAUCCUGGUCCUGACCCAGUUUGUGUCUUCCCUAACAGAACUUUUCUCUGAUUGUUUCUCCCUCAGCUGAGAUUAAAAUGGUUUUACUAAAGUGGAACACUCAGAAUGAACAGCUGCUCCUGAUUGGUCCCCUCUCCUCGUCCAAUCAGCUGCCAGCGACAGCAGAAACAGAGAUGACGUGUCAGAAGAGAAAUAAAGAGAGUGAAGAAGAUUAAAAAAAGAUGAAUAACAAGUUCUGAUUGUUUUCAUGAUUUUAAAAGAAUAAAAAAUAUUUUUCAAACUGCA